AAUUGUCGACAGUUUCGUAAGUGCUUGUAAAUGUAAUUUUUAUGAGUUAAUUAUUUAAUUAAUAAUGAGAAGAAUACUGAAUACAAUAUUAUGUACAUACUGUAUAAUAUCUGUAUGUUAUGCAACGCCGCCCAGUUGUCUCGAGUUACAUCAGUCACAGCUGAACACGCUGAACGAACGAAUGAAUCAGAUGCUGAGUGCCCUGUAUUCCUCACCAAUCCUAUCGAAACUGAAGUCAGUAACGAGUCCUGAAUCGAGUCCAGAGAGUACAUCUACAGCAGAAGAAUCUCCAGAAGCAGUUUAUGAUACGUCAGCUUAUUACGCACCUACCAGCGCCGGGGUUACCCCUCAAGUUGUAUAUCUGCCGCCAUCAAAUACCCCAUCAUCGGAACUAAGUUCUACUAGAACUCCUAGAUCCUAUUAUCAGCCAGAUGUCCCACUCGAGUAUCUUAUGUCCCCAUGGUCACAGUACUAUGACCCUUACCGCACGGCGGUUUCACUUGGUUAUCCUCCGACAUUGCUUCAAAAUCCCUUAGCAUCUUUGUAUGACCCCUACCGAGAAUUAUAUUCGCCAGCUCCUUACCCUCCAUAUCUUCCUUCCGUUUAUCCUGCUGCUCCUCCUGUACCGCCAGCAUAUCCUGCUGCUCCUGUAUCGCCAGCAUAUCCUACUGCUCCUGCACCGACAGCAUAUCCUGCUCUUCCUUCGCCUACGUAUCCCACUCCUCAACCGACAUACCAAACUCCUCCACCAAUAUAUCAAACUGCAUCAGCCUACAAGCCUCAAACAUACCAAGCACCGCCACCAUACAAGUCCCCAUCACCAGCAUUACCUUCCCCACCUCCAUCUUACCAAACGCCACCAGCGUCCUACCAAACCCCACCACCUUCAUACCCAGCUCCGUCACCCUCAUAUCCCAUUCCGCCAACAUAUCAAACCCCACCACCUGCAUACAAUACGGCACCACCUGCAUACAAUACGCCACCACCUGCAUACAACACCCCACCACCUGUAUAUUCACCCUCACCAAUUUCCCCCUACUCUCCAGUACGUUACUCGAGAGCAGUAGAGUAUUCACCGUAUUAUUCUCAAACUCCGAUAUGAUUAGGAAUUAAGAGAGAGGAACGAUACUGACAAAAAACGAGAGUGUUAUAUUAGGAGUGCUAAUCAUACCUUAGAAAUGAAAAUGUAGAGUUAAGUUAUAAUGUUAAAA